AUGCAAAAAUGUGGAUCACGUGCUUUAGGUCAAGGUGCGCGCAUGAUUACAGAAAUCUUUAAUAAUUCAAAACAUUUUUUUGAACUUGGGGAAUCAGACAAGAGUAAAUAUUCUCGUACCAAUGGCCUGAGAAAUCAUGGUUAUGUGUGUAUUGGCAGAGAGAGAUUGGAUCCAAGUAGACCGAUUGAUCUGAAAGGAGCUUUUAAUUAUACACCCAUGGAUCCCGGGGAAUGGCCUACAGAAGAAGUGCCUGGUAUGAAGGAAUCAUUUACCAAUCUUUAUAACAGCUUCCGGUUACUGAGUUAUAACGUUUUAGACGUAUUGUCCCUUGCUCUUGGUUUUGAGGAUCGUCAUUUUUUCAGAAACUAUCAUAAAGGAAUGGGUGGAACAGAAAAUCCUUCAACAUUGAGAGCAUUGCAUUACCCCCCUUUACCGGAAACAGAUGUAAAACAAGGACAGCUGCGAUGUACAGAACACGUGGAUCAUCGUGUGUUAACUUUUCUAGUUCAAGACCAGAAUGGUGGAUUAGAGGUGUGUAAUAGAGAUGGUAAAUAUAUCAGAUUGAAGCCUGAUCCUGAGUGUAUCUGUAUUAUAAUUGGAAAUAUUUUACAAAGAUUCACCUCUGAUAAACUUCUGGCCACGAAACACCGUGUACGGAUUCCGGAAGACGAUGUUUUAAAACAGAGUACGCGUCAAUCACAAGCUUUCUUCUUGCAUCCUGAUAAUGACGUCAUCAUAAGAUGUUUGGACGGAAAUGACGCGUACGAGCCUAUUUCCUCAAUAGAUUAUCUCGCAUGGAGAUUCAAUAAGUAUUUCAAAGAAGAAACAAUAUAACAGUCAUCACACGGUCUCCUCUGAAGAACAGUUUACAGGUUAAAAGUCCGGUAACGCAUUUGAAAAAAUAAAUAAUGCAAAAAAUUU